CCAAAGGAAGAACAUCAGGGAGAAAAGAUGGUAAAAUAUGGGAUGAUUUGGAGAAGAGCACUUCCUGUCCCCUACCCAGUGCAGGGACUUGUGUGGUUUCACUCCAGUGCUGCCCUUCAUACUGGAUUCAGAGUAAUUGGGGCCUGCCUGUUAUUUUAGUGAAGCAUCAACUUAUUAAGCAUCAGGAAUUUCGAGGGGCUAAUGAUCUAGGAGAGAUGACCACCACCUUAGUUGCGUUCAGAGGAGUCAAAUGAUCAUUGUUUAGUUGUAUUUACCUUCAGUGAAUUUGCGGGUAAUCGUUGACCUGGGAAGAGCACAGCAGGUGACAUAAAUAUUGCAGCUCUCGUUGGAAACGAACCAGUCUGUGAAGGUACAGAUAACGGUGAUCUCCCUUCCUAUGUGGCGGUAUUUAUAGAAAAGGAAGUCGGAAAUGACCUUAAAUCUUUAAAGAAACUUGAUAAACUCAUAGAACAGAUGACAGAAAGUAAAAUGCAGUUAGAAGAACAGGUACUUACAGUUUCAUCAGAAAUCCCUAAAAGAAUUCAGAGUGCCUUAAAAAAUGCAGAAGAAUCAAAGCAAUCCCUUAAUCACUUUCUGGAGCAAGAAAGCCAUCUCUUCAGUUCCAUUCACAGCCAUCUGCUGACCGCACAGCCCUGGAUAGAAGAUCUUGGAGCCAUGAUUAACCAAAUUGAAGAGAUUGAACGGCAUCUUGCUUAUCUUAAAUGGAUUUCACAGAUUGAAGAACUCAGUGAUAACAUUCAGCAAUAUCUGAUGACCAAUAAUGUCCCAGAGGCAGCUUCUACUCUGGUCUCUAUGGCAGAACUUGACAUCAAGCUUCAGGAAUCAUCCUGUACUCAUCUUCUUGGUUUCAUGAGAGCCACUGUUAAAUUCUGGCAUAAAAUUCUCAAGGACAAGCUUACAAGUGACUUUGAGGAAAUUUUAGCACAGCUUCAUUGGCCAUUCAUCGCACCCCCUCAGUCUCAAACUGUUGGCAUAAGUCGACCGGCCAGUGCCCCUGAGAUAUACAGUAACUUGGAGACACUAUUUUGUCAGCUCCUGAAACUGCAAACCUCAGAUGAAUUACUUACUGAGCCAAAACAACUUCCAGAAAAAUACUCUCUUCCUGUAUCCCCUUCUGUCAUCCUGCCCGUCCAGAUUAUGCUGACUCCCCUUCAAAAGAGGUUCAGGUAUCACUUCAGAGGGAACCGACAAACUAAUGUUAUAAGCAAGCCUGAAUGGUACUUGGCUCAGGUACUUAUGUGGAUUGGGAACCACACUCAGUUUUUGGAUGAGAAGAUUCAGCCAAUAUUAGACAAAGUUGGCUCUUCGGUAAAUGCAAGGCUUGAAUUUUCUCGAGGCCUUAUGAUGCUGGUUCUUGAAAAGUUAGCUGCUGAUAUUCCCUGUCUGCUGUAUGAUGACAGUCUCUUCUGUCAUUUGGUGGAUGAGGUGCUUUUGUUUGAAAGAGAACUACACAGCGUUCAUGGCUAUCCCAGUACUUUUGCUAAUUGUAUGCAUAUUCUGUCAGAAGAGACCUGUUUUCAGAGAUGGCUGACUGUGGAGAGAAAAUUUGCUCUUCAAAAAAUGGACUCAAUGCUCUCGUCAGAAGCUGCCUGGAUAUCCCAAUAUAAGGAUAUCACUGAUGUGGAUGAGAUGAAAGUUCCAGACUGUGCAGAAACGUUUAUGACACUACUCUUGGUUAUAACUGACAGAUAUAAAAAUCUUCCCGCAGCUUCCAGAAAGCUGCAGUUCCUGGAGUUACAGAAGGACUUAGUAGAUGAUUUUAGGAUACGAUUAACUCAGGUGAUGAAAGAAGAGACUAGAGCUUCCCUUGGCUUUCGAUACUGUGCAAUUCUUAAUGCCGUGAACUAUAUCUCAACAGUACUAGCAGAUUGGGCUGACAAUGUUUUCUUUCUACAACUUCAACAGGCAGCAUUGGAAGUCUUUGCAGAGAAUAACACUCUCAGUAAAUUGCAGCUGGGACAACUGGCCUCUAUGGAGAGCUCUGUCUUUGAUGACAUGAUUAACCUGUUAGAGCGUUUAAAGCAUGACAUGCUGACCCGGCAAGUAGACCAUGUUUUUAGAGAAGUUAAAGAUGCUGCAAAAUUGUAUAAAAAAGAAAGGUGGUUGUCCUUGCCAUCGCAGUCAGAGCAGGCAGUGAUGUCCCUGUCCAGUUCCGCUUGCCCCUUACUGCUUACUUUACGAGACCGUUUACUUCAAUUGGAGCAGCAGCUCUGCUUCUCCUUAUUUAAAAUCUUCUGGCAAAUGCUUGUAGAGAAGCUGGACAUAUACAUCUACCAAGAAAUAAUUCUUGCCAAUCACUUCAAUGAAGGAGGAGCGGCUCAGCUGCACUUCGAUAUGACUCGGAAUCUUUUCCCUUUGUUUUCCCACUAUUGCAAGAGGCCAGAAAAUUAUUUUAAACAUGUAAAAGAAGCCUGUAUUGUUUUGAAUUUGAACACUGGUUCUGCCCUACUUCUGAGAGAUGUCCUGCAGUCAACUUCAGGGCAACCUCCUGCCACAGCGGCAUUAAAUGAAGUCGGAAUUUAUAAACUGGCUCAACAAGAUGUUGAGAUUCUACUAAAUUUGAGGACAAACUGGCCUAACACUGGAAAAUAAAGUGUCUUUUUUCCUUUUGGGGUUUUUUGUUUGUUUAAUAAAGAAGAAGCCAGAGCCAGUUGGAUUUCAAGUUAUAUGAUGAAGUUCUGAAUGAAUGAAACUGAACAACUGAAAACUGUAUAGAAUCAUUUAUUAUCUUGGACUUACAAUGUUAUUAAAAUGCUGACCAUAUUUCCUGAGUCCUCUUGUUCCUAAGAAAACAAAAACCAAAAGCUCAGAAGCCAUGAAAACUCAGAGUAAUUCCAUUUACAAAUAUAAAUGAUGAAUAUGUCUGUUGAAUAAAAUGAAAGAGCAGAGAUAAUAAAUUAUAAUCAACUUUUAAUUUUCUUUGCCAAUUCAGGGAGACUGUUUGUAGAUAAUCUAACAUAACAAAUAAACUUUUAAAAAUCACUUUAAAAUGUAUGUUUAACUCUAUGACAUAAAUCACAGCAAGAUCCUUUUUGACCCACCUCCUAGGGAAAGGGAAAUAAAAACUAAACAAAUGGGACCUAAUGAAACUUAAAAGCUUUUUUGCACAGUAAAGGAAACCAUAAACAAGGCAAAAAGACAACCCUCAGAAUGGGAGAAAAUAUUUGCAAAUGAAGCAACUGACAAAGGAUUAAUCUUCAAAGUAUACAAGCAGCGCAUGCAGCUCAAUAUCAAAAAAAACAAACAACCCAAUCCAAAAAUGGGCAGAAGACCUAAAUAGACAUUUCUCCAAAGAAGACAUACAGAUGGCCAAGAAGCACAUGAAAGGAUGCUCAGCAUCACUAAUCAUUAGAGAAAUGCAAAUCAAAACUACAUGAGGUAUCACCUCACACCGGUCAGAAUGGCCAUCAUCAAAAAGUCUACAAACAAUAAAUGCUGGAGAGGGUGUGGAGAAAAGGGAACCCUCUUGCACUGUUGGUGGGAAGGUAAAUUGAUACAGCCACUAUGGAGAACAGUAUGGAGGUUCCUUAAAAAACUACAAAUAGAACUACCAUCUACCAACUACAAUCCAGCAAUCCCACUAUUGGGCAUAUAUACCCUGAGAAAACCAUAAUUCAAAGAGUCAUGUACCACAAUGUUCAUUGCAGCUCUAUUUACAAUAGCCAGGACAUGGAAGCAACCUAAGUGUCCAUCGACAGAUGAAUGGAUAAAGAAGAUGUGGCACAUAUAUACAAUGGAAUAUUACUCAGCCAUAAAAAGAAACGAAAUUGAGUUAUAUGUAGCCAGGUGGACGGACCAAGAGUGUGUCACACAGAGUGAAGUAAGUCAGAAAGAGAAAAAUACCAUAUGCUAACACACAUAUAUGGAAUCUAAAAAAAAAAAAAUGGUUCUGAAGGACCUAGGGACAGGACAGGAAUGAA